AUGAGCACCAAACUGGUACUCUGCCUCUGCCUGGCGCUCUUCGGAGCCCUGGCUGCGGCCCUUCCCCAGGUGAACGUUGUCGAUCACGAAUCGGAGCUGGAGAACAGCCAGGAGGUGAACAGCGUCGAGGAGAACGACGGCGAGACCGAUCCCUCGACCUGGCGCAAGCUCUUCGGCAGCGAAGGAAGCAGUGGAAACCUGGUGGUGACCUUCCCCCAGUCCAGCCAGACCACCAAGAAGCCCAGGACCAACAAGAAGCCUUACUACCCCAGCCCGACCAAGUAUCCGUCUUACUAUCCUCCGUACCCGCAUUACUACCCACCCUACCCUUACCCCGGAUACUAUCCUCCUCCACCGUACCCACCUCACGGCGGACAUCACGGCGGCGGUUCCGAUGGAAACGGCAAUGGCGGACACCACCACCAUCACGGUCAUUACCCACACUACCCAGCUCCUUACUAUCCACCAUACCCCUAUUACCCACCACCACCACCUCCUCCACCACCACCACCACCACCACCCCCACCACACCACCACCACGACUCGGGAGAAUCCACCGAGACCACGACAAAGCUCUGCAAGAAGGUCUUGGGUCUUGGACUCUUGUGCACAUAA